GUAUUAUGCAACAGUUGGGGUAUCAGUGUUGAUUUCAGUGACUGUGAUAGUGUAUAUUCAGACACAAUUUGGUUGGGUAAUUGGUUUUGCUGUUCCAACAGGACUAAUGUUUUUGGCAACAAUAUUUUUUCUAUUGGGUUCUGCAAUAUUUAUUAAAAUAAAAGCAAAUAAAAGUUUGUUUACUAAUUUUGUUCAAGUUAUUGUUGUGGCAUGGAAAAAUAAACAUCUUGCUUUGCCUCCUGUGGAUUCUAAUGGAUGGUAUCAUCAUGAUAAGGGUUCAACAAUUACUUUUCCAACACAUAAACUAAGGUUUCUAAACAAGGCAUGUAUCAUUAGAAAUCCAGAGAAAGAUUUGGACACAAAUCCAUGGAAUUUAUGUACAAUUCAACAAGUUGAAGAAUUCAAAUCAUUGCUCAAAGUACUUCCAAUUUGGUCUACAGGCAUUAUGAUAGCAGUAACCCUAAGUCAACAUGCAUUUCCAGUGUUACAAGCAAAUACAAUGGACAGACAUUUGAUAAAAGGUCACAAUUUCCAAAUCCCAGCAAGUUCAUAUAGUGCAUUUGGUGUAAUCACAUUGACACUAUGGCUAGCCCUCUACGACCGGGUCCUCGUGCCCUGGAUCUCCAGGGUCACGAGGAAACCACGAGGUCUCAGCUUCAAACAGCGCAUGGGAUUAGGGUUGUUGCUUUCAUGCGCGGCCCAGGCCGUGGCCGCGCUGGUGGAAAGAGAGAGGCGUUCGCGAGCCCUUAAACAGGGGCUCGCAGACCAUCCACUAUCCCAGGUGGACAUGUCCGCGACCUGGCUAGUCCCUCAGCACUGUCUGACAGGACUAGCCGAGGCGUUCAACGCGAUCGGACAAAUCGAGUUUUAUUAUUCUCAAUUCCCUAAGAGCAUGGCUAGUAUUGGUGUGGCAUUGUUUUCACUUGGAAUGGGAUUUGGAAAUUUGGUUGGAAGUUUAAUUGUGGAAAUUGUUGAUCAUGCUUCAAGUAGAAAAGGGAAA